AUGGGACAAUUGUUGUCGCAUCCCGUGGAGGAGAAAUCUUUAGACUUCAGGUCUCACGACUCCAUCUCCUACUGUAUCGGGUCCAUGCAAGGAUACCGAAUGAGCAUGGAAGACGCCCACGACAUCCGUAUUUGCGAGGAUGAGUCGGUGGCAGUUUUUGGCGUGUUCGAUGGCCACGGUGGCAAGGAGAUUGCCGAGGAGCUACGCGAUAAGUUGGUGUUGACGGUGUUCAAAACACUCACCAAUCAAUUGCGCCACGACGCCGCUACGCCGCUUGCCACCUUGCUCCGGCAAAUCAAGGACUGCUUCUUCUUGGUGGAUGCAAACUUGCCAGAACCGGUGGCCGCCAACUGCGGCUCCACCGCCAUUGUCACUGUGGUCAUCGCAGGUAGAUACAUCAUCUCCGCCAAUACCGGCGACUCGCGGGCCAUUCUAUCCCUCCCCGGCGGCCGCUCAAAGACCUUGUCAUUCGACCACAAGCCGUCAAAUAUGGGCGAGCGAGUACGUAUUGAAAACAGCGGCGGCUAUGUUGUUAACUCUAGAGUAAAUGAGAUUCUUGCCCUUUCGCGAGCGUUUGGUGACUUCAAUUUCAAAAUGCCAUGGCUUGAGCUUAGCUCUACAGGCCGCCACAAUGCCUAUCUCGAGGCCAACCGUCGUUUUGCUCGUGACAACUUGGUCGCAUUGCCUCCUGAGCUCUACCAAGUCACCGUAGAACCCGAUUUGUUGGUAUACGACCUUCAGGCGCUAGCGCUUCCGGAAUUCUUGGUGUUGGCCUGUGACGGCAUUUGGGACUGUUACACAAACGAUCAGCUUUUGCAUACUAUCCGGAACAAGCUCCGUGACGGGUGGAACCUACAGCAUAUCAUCGAGUAUGUGUUGAAUGACUGCAUCAGCAUGGCCUCCAAUAUCACGGGAAUUGGUUUUGAUAACAUGACCUUGAUGAUUGUGGUACUACAUCCAAACGGAACAUUUGAGCUGUGGAGCGACACCAUGGAGAAGACGAUUGCACAAGAAGAAUCUACUCGCAGGUGA